GCUGCGCGGGUGGAAGCGACUCCACCCCGCUCAGCGCUCUCUUCGCCCGGCCCAAUGGGAGGCGGAGACGCCCGACGCCCCGCCCCUGCGGCUGCCGGCGAAUGCGAUAGGCGCAGCCGGCGAGCGAGGCUGUUUCGGAGCUUCCCGGAAGGGCGAGUUGGAAGCUUCCGAGGAACAGCCACGUCCGCUCGCAGAACUCCAGGGCGUUGCAGGUCGAGAUGGAUUUUGAAGCAGUUGCAAAGUACUCAAAGCUCCAUGCCAAACCUCCAGGACUUUCCCUUCAGUAUGGAACAGCUGGUUUCCGUACCAAGGCAGAGGACCUUGAUCACACAAUGUUUUGCAUGGGCUUGCUGGCCGUAUUGAGAUCCAAGCAGAAAAAAUCCACCAUUGGUGUUAUGGUUACAGCCUCUCACAACCCUGAAGAAGACAAUGGUGUGAAGUUGAUUGACCCAUUGGGUGAAAUGUUGUCACCUAUCUGGGAAGAGCACGCCACACGCUUGGCCAAUGCAGAAGAACAUGAAUUGCAGGGAGUGCUGACUGACAUCUGCCAGAAGGAAGCUGUAGACCUUCAGCAGGAGGCCUUCGUUGUUAUUGGCAGAGACACCAGACGUAGUAGUAAGAAGCUUUCACAAUCAGUGAUUGAUGGCGUGUCUGCUCUUGGAGGUCAAUACCAAGAUUAUGGCUUGGUAACAACACCACAACUACACUACAUGGUCUGCUGUCGAAACACUCAUGGGAGUUAUGGGACUGCAACCGUGGAAGGUUACUACCAGAAACUCUCCAAGGCUUUUGUGGAGCUUACAAUGCAGGCUACCAGCCAAAGGGAUGGCCAUAUUUGCCUGAAGGUAGAUUGUGCAAAUGGCAUAGGUGCUCUCAAACUCAAAGAAAUGGAACGCUAUCUUCCAAGCUGCUUCGUAAUACACUUCAGCAAUGAUGGGACUAAAGGAGAACUCAAUCACCAAUGUGGUGCUGAUUUUGUAAAAGUUCAUCAGAAGCCUCCUGUGGGACUGGAAAUGAAGCCUGGUGAGAGAUGCUGCUCAUUCGAUGGUGAUGCUGACCGAAUUGUUUACUACUAUAAUGACCCUGCUGGCCAUUUUCAUCUUCUUGAUGGAGAUAAAAUAGCAACUCUAAUCAGCACUUUUCUUAAGGAACUUCUGGUCAAGGCUGGGCAGACCUUAUCAUUUGCAGUCAUACAAACAGCCUAUGCCAAUGGGAGCUCUACACGUUAUUUGGAAGAAACCAUGAAGGUGCCUGUCCACUGUACAAAAACAGGGGUGAAACACUUGCAUCACAAGGCCCAGGAAUUUGACAUUGGAGUUUAUUUUGAAGCAAAUGGUCAUGGCACGGUACUGUUUAGUAAAGCUGCAGAACAGAAAAUAAGAUACCAGGCGAAGGAGGAAAAAAACAACCAAAAAAGAGAAGCUGCAAAGAUGCUUGAAAAUACUAUUGACUUGAUAAAUCAGACGAUUGGUGAUGCUGUCUCAGACAUGCUGGUGAUUGAAGCCAUCUUGGUGUUGAAGAAUCUCACAGUACAACAGUGGGACACCAUGUACACAGAUCUUCCUAACCGGCAACUCAAAGUGAAGGUUGCUGACAGACGUGUAAUUGACACUACGGAUGCUGAAAGGCGAGCAGUUACACCCCCAGGGCUGCAGGAGAGAAUUGAUGAGCUCACCCAGAGGUUUAAAUUGGCUCGAGCUUUCGUUCGCCCAUCUGGAACAGAAGACAUCGUCAGAGUCUAUGCUGAAGCAGACACACAGGAAAAUGCAGAUAAACUUGCACAUGAAGUUAGCCUGGCUGUCUACCAUAUAGCUGGAGGAGUUGGAGAACAGCCCAAGGCUGUAGUAUAAUGAAGUACCAUUCUUCAAGCAGUUUUGCUAAUCGUACUACGUAUGGUUUGAAUUCCCUUUGGUGUGUGCCUUGUCUUCGCACCUCCAACCCUGAAUCAUCAGAAGCUUCUGGAAUAAAGGCCCAGCGAUACCUGUUAAAGAAAAAGAGGACAAAGUUAUCACAUUCAGCGAGUUAUCUUUGGCAAGAACACACCAGCCCUCCCUAGUUGAGUCAAUUUAUAUCCAGGCAUGUCUUUAUGUAGCCAAAAUCUGCUAAGAAAAACCAAGAUCCAUGGGAGUAAAAUUAGAUGCAUAAAAAGCAAUCUGUUUCACAGAAGCCACUUCUAAGAAGAAAUAUUUUGAAAGCAUUGUUUGCUCUGUUCUGUUCUGCCCACCCCUUUCUGAUUUCCUUUUGUAUAUAUUUGCCAAAUGGUAAUAAAACACACCCCUGCCAUACAUAUUGGGACACAGUCUUGGGCAUCCUGACAGAAGCAUUCUGUGAAACAUGAUAGCACAUGGGCUGAUGUUGGUUACUGGGCAGAGGAAGUAGGCCCCUAACCAAGUUGCUUCUCCUGAAUUUCUGCCGACACUAUAUGGAGGGCAUUUCUCUGAUGGGGAGCUGUGCCACCUAAGACACAUUUUCACUGCCAUAACACAAGGUGAGGUGGCAGAAGGCCGUAAAAGCACCUGCCCUCGACAGUCCAUAAAGAAAUACUUGCCGUUCAUCACCCUAAAUAUGAAGGUUUUCUCACAAUGAAGUGUUUCUACGGCACACUUGGAUUUGAAUGAGAUAAAGUGUACUUACAUCUGAAACUGAGGAAGAUUUUCAGAGGGCAAUGCCAAGGCUAAAUCCAGAAAUUUACACGCUGACAAAUAAAGAUUUAACCAUCUCUGACUGUUGUAGGAUGUCGAGAAUCCAUUGCCUCCAGUGUAUGUAGUUUCCAGACCAGCAACAGAUGGUCCUGAAGUUCUACAAUUCAAAUGAAUUUACUACAGGUUCUUAAUCAGUUAUGUCCACACUUCACAAAUCAAUGCUCUUCUCUUAGCGUAUACUUUAAAUGAACUGGAAGAAUUUUCUAUGAGGAUAACUUUUAUAUUACCCUUCUGAAAACACCAUGUAAACAAUUUUAACAAGAUAGCUGCAGCUAGUGGUUCUAAAUUACACUUUGUUCUUAUAAUUUAGCGUAAAUAGUACUGAUAAAGAAGCAAGACCAAAGUCUGAUUUACUUUUACAAUAUAGGGUCCUGUCUGACUAAUUUGAUCUUUGUGAACUAAUCGCCGUAUUAGAUAAACAUGAACUGGAAUGGGAAAAAAAUGUGUACUGCUGCUUAUUGGCACCGAUUAUGUUCCUGUUUUCAUAGCAAGACUGGGGGGAAAGCCUUCCAAAUGAGUAAUAAAAAAUAACUGGACUAUCAGACAGUAUAUUUCAACUAUUAUGCAAAUAAGAUGAGAGAAGAGAAAAUGACGUUACCUUGAGAUAUCUUCAUCAGCUGUGAGUUCCUGUUCCAUCAAUAAAAAUACUUGGACCUGAA